AUGGAUUCCCCAGCACAUGGGCCGGUAUUGCUGAGGGAACAGCAAGCUCCGCUUCUAGGGCCUCCAGAAAUUUCAGGCACCUCCAAUGGAAACAAGGAUUCUGCGCCUGCCGCGAAAUCGGACUCCCAUGAUGGAACCAAGACGAACUACAUUUCGACAGAUCGAUCUGAUUCCAAUAUUCCCACGCCGGAUGCCGAUGACCACUCAUCAACGGCCAAAUGGCAUCCUUACACUUUCGGAAGGUAUUUCCUUAGUGUCAUUACCGCCUACACUACGUUGCUGUGCUUAGCUAUUGUGUUGCUGUACUGGUAUUCCACAUCACAUGACGGACUGGGCAGGGAUGAUGGAUCCUCCGCAGUUUACUUCGGAUGGCGAUUCUCUCCCUCGAUAUUCGCGGUUAUCUACGUCCAGCUCACGGCCAUGCUUCUCGAAGACGUCAAAAGGACCGAACCGUUUGCUCGCCUCGCCCGAUCAGGACUCAAAGGUGCUGCGGCGUCAUCAACCAUAUUGCAAGCUCCUGGCGCAUGGUGGAACGCUUUGGCCGAUGGGUUCUCAACAAAGAAGAAUGGUGGUCGGCGAAGCUGGCUGCUCGUCUCUUCUGCACUCAUCAACAUCGUUGCAUUCCUGAUCAUAUCGCCAUUGAUGCCGUCUCUUUUGGAAUCAAAGAAUGUCGCCGUUUCGAAGCAGAUCGAAUUCACACGUCUUACUCCCAAGUCCGAUGGCCCACUAUCCUUGAACGCUGGCAGAGAUACGUACCUAAGGAUCACUGGCCAUGUUCUCCAGAAUAUCUCAGCCUCUGCAUGGAUAGCAGAUAACUAUACCAUGUUUCCUUUUUGGCCGGCAGAUAUUUCCGACGCUCCGCUGGGAUCCUUGCUGUCCACGACCCCGCAGACCUGGAAGGCUGAGACACCGGUAUUCAAAGCCGAGCUUGACUGUUCGCCCCUCUCUCUAUCUGGUGUAGCAGAAAUCCGCGAAAACUACACAGAAACUUCUUCCCAGGAAAACCGCACUCUUACGCACACAACGAUGGUGACCACGGACUCCAUCAUUUUGACUUCUGACGACGGCUGUACCUGUGGCAUUGCAUCAGGAUCGGACGUCGAAAAUGAUGGAGAAACAGUAUCAUUGUCGGAAGGAUCCUUCUGGAUCGAUCUGUCCAGGGUCACCAAUUCAACUUGGGAUGAAGGUUUCGACGCAAGAUUGUUUAGCGAUUCAUCCACCUGGAAUGUUUCGAAAGAGUGCGGCGACAGGGAGUUGCUUGUAUCUCACGCGGCCCUCAAUGAGAGUCAACUCUCUGGUUACAUUUGCAGCACCAAGUAUUAUGUGGCAAACGUUACCGUCACGGCGUCCUUGUCAAGUGGAUCGUCUGAGAUUACUUUUGACGAGGACGAGUAUCGCGCCAAACGGGUUCCCGUUCCGGAAACGUUUUUCAACACCACCAAAUUGCAAGAUCAGCUUCGCACGGACUGGUCACAAUACUUAUUGGGCGAGCCUGAUAUCUUCAGUCUUACGUUGCCGACCGCUUCCGAUUUUUCGGGGUUGACAUUGGUACUUGCAGCUGAAUACGGCUUCAAUCUUACAGCUAUGAUUGAUGAUGUCGAUAAUGAUGUUGUCUUUCAGGCUGCUCAGAUAAAGCAGAGAUUAUUCGGAGAAAUGAUGCAGUAUGCUCUUUUGGAAGAGGACGCAUCGAGUAACCAGUCAUCUCAAAGCCAGAUGUCCGAGAUACUUUGCGGCAAAAAAUACUAUACAACUCCAAAUACACUCCACGAGACAAACUCAGCGGACGAGACACCCUCAAAGAAUGAGGAGAGUCCCGAAAUUCGUGAAAGCGAUACGCCCUCCAAUUCGACCUGGAGACCGUUCGUCCUCCGUAUGCGAGCAACACUGGCACUUCUACUCAUCCUCAUUGCUGUACUCGUGGCCGUACUUAUACUUUACAACUUUUCCGAGCGCUCUCUGCUAUACGCCAAGAUCUUCACAUACCACACCAACAUUUCAGUCUUCAGCACCGAGGCUCCAAGUAUAGCACCAUUCUCCAUCAUUCCAACAUUUAUUGCUGUAGUAGUUGCAGCAUGGUGGGCUGCCAUGGACUCAGUAUUCCUUACGGUCUCCAUGUCUGCAUUGUUUUACACGGGUCCAGGGUUCGUCUCUCAGCAGACGACGAUAGAAAGGGAGCUUGAGCUGCGUUCAGUUCCGUCGCUGUUUCAAGCAGACUUCACCUCGCCUCUGAUGUUCGACAUGGGAUCCCGGAUGCAAAUCCUGAAAAAUAUGUACAGGGAUUUCGCUACGAACUGGAUGUACAGUGCUACAAUUCAGCUGACGCUCAAUGGGUCUGAGCCAGCUUGGAGCUCGGAUGGUUGGAGCUUCCUUCCCAUCGAUCUGUCCAAGAUUUCGAACUCAAGCAUUCAUCACGAAGGCAACCAAACUGCUGCCGAGAUGAGUAGCGUUUCAACAACAACUUCUGCGCUCCGAGGUCGUCUUGAAUGCAGUCCCUACGAAAACUUGGACAAUUUGUCCACAUGGCUCAAAACCUAUAAUCUCAGCAACUCGUCAGCCUGGAAUGCCAGUACAUUUCCCGUCGACUGGACGAUUGGCUACGAGCUUGGCGUUGACGGCAAUGCCACUACUCCUGACGACCCCGUUUACAACAUGUUCAACGAUACCUAUCUGCUCUGGGAUGCCUCUCGGGUGUCGUGUUGCACAAACGGGACGAACGAUGCAGAACGAGCCUCCGCGUUUGGGUACUGGACGCCAUACUACACGGACGACAUAUCACUUGACCUUAAACUCAAUCCCAAUUCAUACCCCAUGAAUUUUACGACAAAGUGGAUCUACGGACACGCUGCUUCCGGGUUUCGCGAAAAUGGUAGCGAGACCGAACGUUUCAUCUUCCGGGACGUGCCUUCAGCGCAGGCUCUCCACUGCGCACCAAUCAUCGAGACGGCUUCGGCCAAUGUUGUCGUUAACGAGCAAACUGGAGAAGUGCAGUCAUAUUCCAUCUUGGAUGAGCCGACAAGCUCUGAUGAUGCCUGGAGAGAUGUAUAUCUCAUGCAUCAGGCGGCCUCUGGAGGUGCACAUGACAUUCUCAGCGUCACUGUCAGCUACGGCGUUCUAUUCCUGGAUGCGCUUCUCGGGGCGUCUAUCCACAACAACAUGUUCAGGCUCAACGGCAACAGAGCGGACAACGUCGACGAAGCCCUGAGCGACGUAACCUUCAACUUCCGGGAUACAGAACAAGGCCUAGACCUCGACUUGAUGACAUACUCCAUGUAUUCGAUGGCAGAAAAGGACCCCGAAGCCCUCCUCAACGCAACCAUCAUGGCGGAUCUCGCCAACAAGACCUUUUCCACAUUUUUCCAACAUUUUGUCAGUACCAACCGCUCGGAAACAGGAAGCUGGACAUACCAGCGGAUAAACGACACUCUCCCAGACAACCUAGGCCAAAUAUUGGACGAUGAUGGUAGCGUCAGCGCCAACCAAACUGUAUCCUAUCCAGUCUCCCAGUCGAAUCACACUGCCGACGUCCUGGUAUCAACGCCGGUCGAGAUGCUUCGAAUGGGCAGGGUGGCCGUGUGGCUGAGUGUGGUCGUUCUUAUCUGGCUGAUUGUGACCGUGGUGUUUAUUACCGUGGUUCAUCGGAACCAACUUAAAAGGCUCAACAGGAACGUCGAGUGCGCCGCAGAUGUCCUCGUGCUGGUUGCUGGAAGCGAGAAAUUGUUACAGUUGGUGCGGGAGAAUGGCAUUGAGGCCGUGGCAAAGGGCGAUGAUCGAUUUGUGGCUAAGCUCGGGUGGUUUGAGGGUGGUGACGGAGAAGUCAGGUGGGGCGUAGAAGUCUUUGAGAGAGACCAAGAGAAAGAUUAG